AUGUCAGCGUCACAUGGAGGAGGCCAUCAUGGCCACCAGCAGCCUCAUCAUGUAAUCAAGGAAAUUACAAACAAUGCCAAUAACGCCAAUAAUGAUCAUGGACAACAUGGACAUCAUCAACAGCAGCAACAACAACAACAGUCGCAACAACAACAGCAUCACAACACCAAGUUUGUGUUGAACAAUAAGUUCCAGGUGCCUUACAAUCAGCACUGGGCUUAUGCCAACACAUCAUCCAACAACGAGUCCAAUUCCAUUGACAAGCUCCCACUAUCAUUGCCAAAUAUCCCGUCACUGAUCGGAGGCCAACAUCAUGCCAUCCAUAUGCAGGGCGGUAGUAGCAGUGGUACAUCGGGCUUUAUCCAGUUUUCCCAGUUCCAACCAGAGUCUGCCACUUCCAAGCAGCACAUACUGGCGGGCUGGGAGGAUGGUGCCAGUGGAGGCCAUCACUCAUCAGCGCCAUCAUCUCCAGAGUCCAGCAGCAACUCAAGCGCCACAAACACAAACAAUAGUAGCAAUCAAUAUCAGAUACAACAUGGAGGCUACGCGCAACCCCAAUCACAGCCACAACAACAACAUCAACAACAACCAAGCCACUACUCCACGCCAAACUCAUCGCCCAACACAUACGCAGGAGUGGCCACUGCCUCGUCGCAGGGCUACUCGACAUCGACAUCGAACGCGACAGCGUUUGGCCACGCACUCUCUGACGACAAUGAGCGCGAGAGCAAGAGGAAGACUUCAUUCAAAUCCGUUCCAACAUCAGGUGGCAGCGGCGGCAACGAGCCCGUCCAGCAGCAACAACAACAGUUUGCCAUCAACUACCAGCAUGUGUACCAACAGCCACAGCAACAACAGCAACAGCAGCAGCAACAACAACAUCAGCUACAUCACGAGGCCUCGCAGCCUUCAAAAAAGAUCAAGCAAACAACUACAUCUGCUGCUGCCGCUGACCUGUCCACUAGCUUCUUCAAUACGCCACCACCCACCAUGUUUGAAACGGAUCGAGUCUCCUCACUCAACUCAUUCUCCACACUGCGCGCACUCACUCACGGAGAGUCGGCACCAGCACCCUCGCUGUCCAUGUCGCUGCCCGCGUCGCCCAUCCAUCACCAUCACCACCACCUUCAUGGCGUCUCACCCAUCAUGCGUCCACUGAGCCCUGACUCGGGAUCGUCGCUGCUCGCUCUGCAGCACCACCAGCCCGUGCACCAGCAGCAUCAGCAUCAGCAACAACACCUGCCUCAGCAGCCACCCGCGCUGGCCAUGUACCACCACCACCACAACACCGCGCAAUCCAACAGCGGCGGCCACAUGAGCCACACUCACUACAGCGCGCCAUCCUCGCCCAACCACCACCCAAUCAGCCUGCCACUCUUGUUGACCGCCAGCCAGAGUCUGCCCGGCACACCCACACGCUCCGCCUCCAUGGCCGACCUGUCGACCUCAUCUUCCAUGCUCGUGUCGCCCAUUCACCACACCCACCACACUGUGUGCAGCUGUCUUGCCGCCAAGCAUGUUAAGCCCAAUGGCGCCGAACCUGGCAGCAAGCCAGGCUCGCCCGGCUCGUCCAACAACACGGUCGAGUGCGAGGAAUUCAACGUGCCACUCGAGUACUUUGAGGAGUGGAUGGAGACCGAGGGCAAGCUGUCUGGCGUCACCUACAUCAAGUCGGGCGGCAAGGUCAUUGGCGCACACGCCGACCGCAAGACACUCAACCUCAAGAGCGAAUACGAGAAGCCCCGCAACGGAGUCGGCAUCCGCAAGACCAAGCGCGAGCUUCUCUGGACCCAGAAGUACGUGUGCUCGCGCGCCGGCGCUCCUAAGAAGAAGCCCUCGGCUGCCGCUGCCGCCGCUGCGCUCGCCAGCAGCGACGAGGAGGGCAAGGACUCCACAUCCACCUCAUCCCCAGUCUCCACCGCGUCGACCCCACGCAAGAAGUCCGUCUCCAAGAAGUGUGGCUGUCAGAGCCGCAUCGUGAUCUCUGUUUACGCCGACGACAAGUCGCUGGCGGUCGUGCGCAAGAUCGCCGAUCACAGCUCGCACAUGACCCCCCAGCAGCUCGAGUUGAUCAAGCUCAACCAGCACCGUCACUUCUGUCUCGUGCACCAGGGCAGUCUGCUACCCCACCACCAUCACCACCUCAGCCAGCCCUCCUCCUCCUCCUCUUCCUCAUCACAUCAUAUCAACGUUGUACAUAACAUAAUCAAUCAUUCCAAUACCAACAACAACCAUCAUAAUGUAAACAACAAUAACAACAACAACAACAUCCACACAAGCAGUGACAACAUCCACUACUUCCAAACAAGUUACCAGCAGCAUCAGCAGCAGCAACAACAACAGCAUAUGGUGGAAUCAUUCCACUCACCUCCUCUGAUGGCUCAGCAACACCAGCACCAGCAUGCCCAGCACCAGCACCAGCAGCAGCAGCAAUCACCUGUGACCUUCACAACCAACCCACCAAACUUUGGCCACCAUCAGCAUCAACACCAGCAACAACAACAUCACACGAUGGUCAAGAAGGAGCAGUUGUCCAUCAGCGAUCCAAUUCAUUAUCCACCGCGUUUCAAUCUCAAUUCCAAUUAA